AAUACUUACUGAGCGCUUAGUAUUUGUCAGAGAUGGGAUUAGUCCGUGGGGAUGCAGAGAUGAUGAUAACAAAGUCCUGGCUCCCUGAAGUUCACACCUGGUAGGGGGAGAAGUACUUAUAAUCAGGAGGUGGAUAAGUUCAUGAUGGUGUUGGAAAAGAGCAGCGAGAGCAGAGAGGAGGAGGAAAUUGAUAGUGGCUGUGAUUGGUAUAAAAAUGAAGCCCUCAUGGAUUAGGCAUGACAUGGAUUUCAGCAGGGACUGGGUCGCUCUCUUGGUCCUUCGGUCUGGGAGUGACCCACAUGACUCUACCACACCAUUGCCAUCACUGCCAGUGGGUGGGCAGAGCUUUACAAGUCUCGGCUGGGCUGGUAUUUGCAGUACGUGACUAGAACCCAGUAGACACAGGCGGACACCCAGAGAGGAGCACAUGCAAUACAAGUCAGACUUUUAAUUUUUUCCUUUUUUAAUGAAUGGCUUUCCUGAAUUCCAGGACUAUAAAGGUUUUGAAGCAGCACUUCACAAAGGUAGGGACUCUGGAAAAUUCUGAGGGAGUUUCAGAGCAGAUGAACUUCUGUCUGCUUCUCCCUGGAUCCCUGACCUAUCUGUUCUUGUACCAGCCCAGUUCGAAAGGAAAGCUCUCCCUUGAUUAUCCCUAAAUAGGUGGAAUAACGGAAAGCUAAAGCUGUUACUACCAAUCGUCUCUGGGAGAUGAAAAUCCAGUCUCAAGGAUGUUUCUUCCUGGACCAAAACUGUGAUGGGUGAAGAAAAAUGAUAGAAUGAAAAGCUGUUGUAUUGUGUAGUUGCCAGAGAUGUGCAUUACAUGCACCUACAUCAUCACUAAGGUGUUUGAAAAGCAGCCUGCACUGUAAGAAGCAUAAGUGUGGAUGCUCAAACAGACCUAGGGCAUAACCUUCGGUGGCAGGACAAAUCAGGCCAGCACGCAGUCUGCCAAGUCCCUGUCAAGAAAAACAGCUAGAUCCAUUUCUAAUCAACACUUCCCAACACAACACUUCUGAGUCUCUAAAGGAGACCAGAGCUUGAAACUUUCCAGACUUCCAAUAGAUAUCGAGUGCAAAAGGAUAUUUAGGUUGUCUUCGCACAAAUCUGGUUGAUUUGAGAGAUAAAGGGGUGAGAAAACGAGUGUGACUUUCACCUAAGAAGUCACAUGAACAUAUUUCACAUUUGAACUACAUAAUGCAUGAUGGUUAUUGAAAUAGCCCAAACCUCUACCACAGAGCGAGGGAUAUAGCUCAAGUGGCAACCAAGCAGUCGCAGAACCAAGGAAUGGAUGACUACAAGUAUCAGGACAACUAUGGGGGCUAUGCCCCCAGUGAUGGCUAUUACCGUGGCAAUGAGUCCAACCCAGAAGAAGAUGCACAGAGUGAUGUCACCGAAGGUCAUGAUGAGGAAGACGAGAUCUAUGAGGGCGAGUACCAGGGUAUCCCUCACCCAGAUGAUGUCAAGGCCAAGCAGGCCAAGAUGGCGCCCUCCAGAAUGGACAGCCUUCGGGGCCAGACAGACCUGAUGGCUGAGAGGCUGGAAGAUGAGGAGCAGUUGGCCCACCAGUAUGAGACCAUCAUGGAUGAGUGUGGCCAUGGCCGCUUCCAGUGGAUCCUCUUUUUCGUCUUAGGUUUGGCCCUGAUGGCCGAUGGAGUGGAAGUGUUCGUGGUGAGUUUUGCCCUGCCCAGUGCAGAGAAGGACAUGUGUCUGUCCAGUUCCAAAAAAGGAAUGCUAGGGAUGAUAGUCUACUUGGGAAUGAUGGCGGGGGCCUUCAUCCUGGGAGGCCUGGCUGAUAAGCUGGGAAGGAAGCGAGUCCUCAGCAUGUCUCUGGCCGUCAAUGCCUCCUUCGCCUCCCUCUCUUCCUUCGUGCAGGGAUAUGGAGCCUUCCUCUUCUGCCGACUCAUCUCAGGCAUCGGUAUUGGGGGUGCUCUGCCAAUUGUUUUUGCCUAUUUUUCUGAAUUCUUGUCUCGGGAGAAGCGAGGAGAACACCUCAGUUGGCUGGGCAUCUUCUGGAUGACUGGGGGCCUCUACGCAUCUGCCAUGGCCUGGAGCAUCAUUCCACACUAUGGCUGGGGCUUCAGCAUGGGGACCAAUUACCACUUCCAUAGCUGGAGAGUGUUUGUCAUCGUCUGUGCUCUGCCCUGCACUGUGUCCAUGGUGGCCCUGAAGUUCAUGCCAGAGAGCCCACGGUUUCUGCUAGAGAUGGGAAAACAUGACGAAGCCUGGAUGAUUCUCAAGCAAGUCCAUGACACCAACAUGAGAGCUAAGGGGACCCCAGAGAAAGUGUUCACAGUUUCCAACAUCAAAACUCCCAAGCAAAUGGAUGAAUUCAUUGAGAUCCAAAGUUCAACAGGAACCUGGUACCAGCGCUGGCUGGUCAGAUUCAAGACCAUUUUCAAGCAGGUCUGGGAUAAUGCCUUGUACUGUGUGAUGGGGCCCUACAGAAUGAAUACACUGAUUCUGGCCGUGGUUUGGUUUGCCAUGGCAUUAAGUUACUAUGGACUGACAGUUUGGUUUCCUGAUAUGAUCCGCUAUUUUCAAGAUGAAGAAUACAAGUCUAAAAUGAAGGUAUUUUUUGGUGAGCAUGUGUACGGCGCCACAAUCAACUUCACGAUGGAAAAUCAGAUCCACCAACAUGGGAAACUUGUGAAUGAUAAGUUCACAAGAAUGUACUUUAAACAUGUACUCUUUGAGGACACAUUCUUUGACGAGUGCUAUUUUGAAGAUGUAACAUCAACAGAUACCUACUUCAAAAAUUGUACCAUUGAAUCAACCAUCUUUUAUAACACAGACCUCUACGAGCAUAAGUUCAUCAACUGUCGGUUUAUCAACUCCACCUUUCUGGAGCAGAAGGAGGGCUGCCACAUGGACUUGGAGCAAGAUAAUGACUUCCUGAUUUACCUCGUCAGCUUCCUGGGCAGCCUGUCUGUCUUACCCGGAAACAUCAUUUCUGCCCUGCUCAUGGAUAGAAUCGGAAGGCUCAAGAUGAUUGGUGGCUCCAUGUUAAUCUCUGCAGUCUGCUGCUUCUUCCUGUUUUUUGGCAACAGCGAGUCUGCGAUGAUUGGCUGGCAGUGCCUGUUUUGUGGGACAAGCAUUGCGGCCUGGAAUGCUCUGGAUGUGAUCACAGUGGAGCUGUAUCCCACCAACCAGAGAGCAACAGCCUUUGGCAUUCUCAAUGGAUUAUGCAAAUUUGGCGCCAUCCUGGGAAACACCAUAUUUGCUUCUUUUGUUGGGAUAACCAAAGUGGUCCCCAUCCUUCUGGCUGCUGCUUCUCUGGUUGGGGGUGGCCUGAUUGCCCUUCGACUGCCAGAGACUCGAGAACAGGUCCUGAUGUGAACCACCUAUGGGAAAAGGAAAGGUCAAGAGAAUCUUGUCCAGGACACUAAAAUGCAUCCACACUUCCUGCCUAUCACGGUCCAGAGGGCACCUCGGAUAACACGCGAGGAGAAGUUGACUUUGUGACCCCUAGUUUAGGACCCACUUCAGCUGUCAAUAUGUUUGUAACUCAGGUGACUGUUUUGGGGGUGCCCUGAGCCACCCUUAGAAUCAUAGAGCUGCGCGUUUAACUUCAGGUCUUCCCAGUCCAAGGCAGGGAGAGGAUUCUCCAGUGAGUGCACACACUAUGCGAGGAGUAAGCAUUUCUGUAAGUCAAGUGCAAGGACUUACUUGCAUUUCAAAAGGAAUUAGAGGGUAAGAAAUACCCAAGCUCCUCCAUAAAGCUCCUUGGAGCCCAACAACUUAACAAAUCAACUUGGCUGGAAGUUAGAGUCAUUAUAUGAAGAUUGGGCUUGAAGUACAGGAUACAUAUAUUUUUGCAUUUAAAAGUAUCACCUAUCAUAUUUUCCACUCGAAUACUGGCAUGGUAGCAUUGAGAAUACUCUGAUCUGGAAAGCCAAAUAUUUGAGCAACAUCUAUAGAGAUCUACUUUUCUCCUAAGUCUCCUAGGCUUUCCAUGAUAAUUAGGUGAUACAUUUAAGAAGGAUAUUUAUUUCUGUUUUGCUCUAUUCAAAGAAAUUGAAUGAGUUAGGUAUUCUGUAAACUAAGUUUGUAUAUAACUUUAUUUGGGUUUAAUUUCCACAACUGGUAUCUGCAAAUAUUGCCAGCAUUUUAGCCAUAUUUUGGGAGAACUUGGUGUUUAAGGUCCCAGGAAAUGAGGUCUGAUCAAAAGAAAUGCAAGCACAAUUUCUUACAGCCAUUUAACUUUCUGCUGGGAGGAUGUACUUAACAAACUCACGUUGUGCAGUCCAGUUAAUCCAGGCACUUUGUUUGUGCAGUUGGAGUGAGUAGUUACUUCUCUGUCUUACACAGAUGACUUGUGAAACUCAAGCUUACCAUCUUCAGUGCUGGCAUUUUACUUUGCCACUCACCCCAAAACAACGUGAGAUGUGUUCAGUGGCCUCUGGUACUCUUUCUGGCAAGAAUCAAACAACAUGGGGACUGAGGGAGGGAUGGGGAAGUGUAGCCACAGUUCUUCCAAGUGUAAAUACUUUUUGUUUGUUCUAGCGGUAAAAUGCAAAUGCAAUCCAUAUUUGUUAGAAUGGUUGGGUCUCAUGAGAAAUCUAUGCUAUGUGUCCAGGGCUUUUGAAACAGAGUCCAUUGGAGUGGGAGUUAGGGAGUGUAGUGGAUGCCAAAUAUGUCUUUCUUCAGUGCUUAAGAGAACUCUUUCCUGAAAUCCAGUUUUGAACAUAAACAGGGGUGUGGGUUGGGGGAGGAGCCUAGGACAAACCUGUCUGAUGAAGGUCAGCAAUAGACUGAAGUCUUGACUGCAUGGAAGAGGAACAACAUCAGAAGUGUCUGACAAUGGAGGGGACAGUGAGCUAUGCACAACCGCCAGUGGAGGUGAACUUGAACCUGCCCAGGCCGAAUGAACAUCAGCCUGCAAGAACUAGUUCUUUGAAUUGAUUUGCAAUGCUCUCAAUGGCUAUAAAGUGCCACAUUUUCCCUGCCAGAGAUCUCCAAAAAUUUCAAACAGAAGAAUAAUGGCUGCAUCGAGUGUUUUCUCAGUUUUGGAGAAAUGCUUAGGUCCUAUGAUAGCUUCGGGACAUCUUUCUGUAAUUUUCCUCAAUUAAUGGGUUGGUAGGGGUAAAUCUUAUGACACCUUUCCACCGUCGAUUUGUGAUCAGUUUUAAUGGUUAAAAUGUUUACUCUGCUUCUGUCAACCCUCACCUUUUUAUUUACACCCCUCCCUUUUUUUCUGUACAGGGAGAGAAGACAUAUCGACUCUGACUGGACACCCUGAUUCCUCCAAAUAUAUAUACCACUGUGUAUUAAUCUUUCUCUCAGUGUUUUAUAGGGGUGCCUAACAUAAUGCUGUGUCAAUAAUGAAAGGCUUGAUGUAAUAUAGCUGUAAUUUACCUUCCAUAUGAAUGCAGUGGUUAGUUAGGUUCAUAAAAGAGAAUUGUGUGAGUCUGGGAUUACCACAUCUAAAACAUUAUUCUUUAAUGGGAUAAUACAAUUCAUUGAACAGCUACCACUUAAAAAAUUUGCAGGACAGUUAGAGCCUGCAUUUCUAGUUAAGAUGGAUCUUGUAAAUUUAAAAUUGGAUUAACUUUUGAGUGCUGGGGUGGCUGCAAUAAUUUGGGGGCUAACUCCAUUUGGUUUCCAAGCUCUCACUUCUGCAUUAUCUUUACGGGUCUUUAAACCAGCCACCUAACAAUCAGCAAUUCCCAUCUGAUCUAUCACUCAGGCUUUUGUAAAGAGUGCAGCCAAGCUCUGCAGACUUUUCUCAUGAAGGAUUGUCUAGCACGAGUACCUGGCUACUUAAAUGCUGUCACUCCUGCUGAGAUAAAUGCGUCUUUAAAAAUAGUCUCUGUGGCAGGUCACUGGGGGACAAUGUACAGCAUCUGGCCAUCCACUUCUUUUUCAUUUCAUGUUCUACCCCAAGAGACUCCCGAUGUCGGCUGUGGAGGGUUAAAAGGAUGAGGCUCUCCUUUGUUUAGCAAAUCUGUUCACAGUUCAUGAUGAUGUAUUUUAUGAUGCCAAGCUUGGAGAUAGUUGCUUUCCGUAGUCCCAACUGUAUUGUGUCAUCUCCUGAUACUGAUUUUUGAUCUUUUGUUUUAUUAAAAAUAAUUAGUGAAAGAGGUGUGCCUAUCUGUGAAGUUUGUAGUACAUUAUCCUGAAGUUAUGUAACAACCCCCAACCCCAGCGUUCCCUGCUACCUUGUGUUCAUUAAAACUAAACAAUAAAAAUAACUGUAAGAAAACCUUAA